AACAGCGACCUCAGGCGCACCGAGACGCGCAGAGAAGCCGCAGGAAAAUCAACUAUGGCGCUGUCUACUGUCCUCGAAACUCCCGAAGCUGGCUUUAACUUCGACAACACGGCGAGAAAUGCUGCGCUAGAGGGUCUUUUUGAUGGAGGACAGACCCCCAAACCAUUGAAAACCGGAACCACAAUAGCAGGAGUGGUGUUCAAGGAUGGAGUUGUCCUGGGCGCCGACACCAGAGCCACGUCCAGUGAGGUGGUGGCUGACAAGAUGUGUGCCAAGAUCCACUACAUUUCUCCAAACAUAUAG